AUGGGCCGAGUCCCUCCCUCUGGCUUGGCGAGAGCGAUGAGGCGGGAGGACGUGAGCAGGGAGCACACCUCUUCGGGGAGUUUCCCUUGGAGUAUUGUGUUGACGAGGGCGUGGAGGUGGGUGGUAACGGCUGCGUUGGCGAUAGCUGCAUCCCUGAGGUGUUCGAACGUCAUCCCCGACGGCCCUCCCCCUACUCCGUUUUCGCAUCGGCAUAGGAUUUUCGUGAAUGCAGCUGAGGUGAUGGUCACCACGUGGGCCUCGUCCGUUGGUGUCCAGUCAAUAUGUCCAGGUGGCGUGGAUGCGGCUCGGGCGGGUGUUGCAACAUUCACUCGACUCUCCACUGCUGGAGCAGCUUCACCUUCAUCCCCACCACUUCCUUCCGUGAUUGAUUCAGCGGCUGGCUGGGCAAUAAAGCCAGCCUCGCCGCCCUUUGGAAGCCGUUCUUCCGUCCUCGGCCACGCCCCGCAGCUCGCUGCCGCCCGCCUCUGCCUCCACGUAAUGCUUGUGGCGGUUGGUGGCGGUUCCCCGGUGCUGUAUUCGCCGCGGCCGUUUGGCGUGGCGUUAGCUGCGCUUGCCUCGCCGGUACAGUCGGCGCCGGUUGCCCCUGUUGCGGCAAUGUCUGUCGCGGGUUCUCCUGCUCACGCGUGCUCCACGGUAGUCGACUCUGGACGAGAGUCGGCGGGUGUGGCCGUCCAACCGCGCGUGGUGGCGCCGGCGCCUGUGCCUGCCUUCGUUCUGGCGCCUGCGGCUGACGUGGCGCCUCUCCCUGCUCCUGGCGCGGCGCCCUCUCCCGCGCCUCACGUUCCGGUGUUGUCGUCGCCUGCUGAGACGGCGGCUGUUGCUGGGGUGGCACCUGCGUCUGGCGUGGCGCCUCCUCCUGUGCCUGUGGCGCUGCCUGUGGUGUCUCCUGCUGCAUCCCUUGGUGCACUGGGCGGGGAGUCUGCCCCUCCGCUCCCCGCGGCUUCCGCGUCUGCCCAUGCCCUUCCUCCGGCUGUGCAGCAGCGUAACUCCCGUCCACAUUCGCCCUCCCCCCAAGAUGAGCGGGGUGUGUCUCGUCGACGGCGUGAUUCCCCUCGCCGACGGCAGCUGCAGGCGAACUGGCAUGCGCACCAGGGUGGUUGGAGGGGAGGUCGCGGUCGCGGGCGUGGCGGGUGGCUGGACGCGCCAGCAACAAUCGCAGACGUGCGGCAGAUUGUGACUGAGGCGUUUCGCGACGGUCAGGCCGGCCCGGCGAGUCAGAACAGCUCGCGACGUGCGGCUCCCACGCCGUCUGCUCCCCUUCCGGUCGCUCACCCCGUGGUUGCUCCGACGCCCGCGGUGUCACUGCCGUCGGCCCCUGCUCGUGGUGGUGGGGCUGGACUUCCUCGACUACAGCUCCCUUCUCUGGUGGAGGAGCUCCUUCCCCCGCGCGCCGAGUCCCUGGCGCACGGGUCUCUUCCGCCUGUUCCGGCGGAAUCUCUGUUUGACGGCCCGCGGGGCGACUGUCUUGACGCGGCCGACCAGAUUGCCCUCCUCCUAGCGCCUGUGUUGGCCGCGCCCGUGCGGGGAGGCGUUGGGGCUGUGGGCCAACUGGACGCGGCUGUGCGGGACUUACGGAGGUACCUGCGGGCAGGUUCCGGAGCCGACGCGAUUGGCGCCGCCAUUCUGGUGGUCCGCUCGGUGUGGCAGACGAUGACGGGCAUUCUGCAUGCCCUGCAGGCGGAUCGGAUGUAG